AUAGCUCCACAGUCGUGAUUUGCUCGCUCCAUUUGGUUGACUGCGUUUCCCCGGAUAUGGAGUCCAGCGAACUCCUCAACUCGGAGACAUGGGUGGUGUGGUCAGUGUGGGCAAGACUGCGGGGGAGUAAUGUCGACUCAGUGCAAUAAAUAUAAAUGCCAGUGGCGAUCGUCGUUGGUUUGCGGUAACUCUGCCCAAGCUCUGUCCGUGAACUCAGACUUGUCUCCUGCCAAUUUCACACAAUGAGACUCACGCACGUUCUCUCUCACACGCUUGGCCUUCUUGCGCUAGGCGCCACAGCAGAGGCCUUCUCCCGGUCCAGAGAAGCUGCCUGCGGCCCAAAAAAGCUUUUCCGGCCUCUACCUACAAGCCAGAGCAGGGACAAGACCUGCCAUGUCCGCAGCCAUGGAGAUGGCACUGACGACUCUGAUUACAUUCUCUCCGCAUUGAACCAAUGUAACCACGGUGGGAAGGUCGUUUUCGAUGAGGACAAGGAAUAUAUCAUUGGAACGGCGCUGAAUAUGACUUUCCUGAAGAACAUUGACCUAGAGGUCCUCGGAACAAUCUUAUUCACCAACGAUACAGACUACUGGCAAGCCAACUCCUUUAAACAGGGCUUCCAGAACGCUACGACCUUCUUCCAACUCGGUGGUGAAGAUGUGAAUAUGUACGGUGGUGGUACAAUCAAUGGCAACGGACAGGUCUGGUAUGAUCUGUAUGCCGAAGAUGAUCUCAUUCUGCGACCCAUCUUGAUGGGUAUCAUUGGGCUGAAUGGUGGCACAAUCGGUCCGCUGAAGCUGCGGUACUCGCCGCAGUACUACCACUUUGUGGCUAACUCGUCGAACGUCCUCUUUGAUGGUAUUGAUAUUUCGGGUUACAGUAAGAGCGAUAACGAGGCCAAGAACACUGACGGAUGGGAUACCUACCGCUCGAACAAUAUCGUUAUCCAGAAUUCGGUGAUCAACAACGGUGAUGACUGUGUCUCCUUCAAGCCAAACAGCACCAAUAUCCUCGUUCAGAACCUUCACUGCAAUGGCUCCCACGGCAUUUCUGUGGGCUCUCUCGGCCAAUACAAGGAUGAGGUUGACAUCGUUGAGAAUGUCUAUGUGUACAACAUCACUAUGUUUAACGCUUCGGAUAUGGCCCGCAUCAAGGUUUGGCCUGGUACUCCCUCUGCGCUAUCUGCCGAUCUUCAAGGCGGCGGUGGCUCGGGUAGCGUAAAGAAUAUCACUUAUGACACCGCACUCAUUGAUAAUGUCGACUGGGCCAUUGAAAUCACGCAGUGCUAUGGGCAGAAGAAUACUACCUUGUGCAACGAGUACCCGAGCUCUCUCACCAUCUCGGACGUCCACAUCAAGAACUUCCGCGGUACGACGUCGGGAUCGGAAGAUCCCUAUGUUGGGACAAUUGUUUGUUCCAGUCCUGAUACUUGCUCGGAUAUCUAUACGUCCAAUAUUAAUGUAACAAGCCCGGAUGGAACCAACGACUUUGUUUGCGAUAAUGUCGAUGAGAGUCUUCUGAGUGUCAACUGCACCGCCACUUCUGAUUAAGUUAGAAUGCCUGUUAACAU